GAGCUCGCCUACGCGCUGCGCCAGAUCGUGCACGAGCACAUCGAGGACAAGCACCUCUCCACCGCCUACGCCUCCGCCUCCGAGACGGCGCGCACCGCCUCGGGCGACUGCACCGAGCACGCCGUCUUGCUCGCGGCGGGGCACGCCCCCGGCCGUUACUGCACCGCGCUCGCGCCUCUGGGCAUCCCGUCGCGCGUGUGCCACGGGCUAGUCUACGUCGAGCAGGGCGGCUCCGCCAUCGACGGGCAGGUGCACGUCGACGCGAGCGGCAACGUCGAUCCGGCCGGCGGGCGGUUGACGGGGCAGUACGGCUGGCACAUGUGGACGCAGGCCCUGAUCGCGGGCAAGUGGAUCGACCUCGACGCGACGCUGCACCUGCCCUUCACCGUCGGGCACGUGCUCGUCGGCACCUCCUCGAUGGCGGACAAGGACGCGCACAACAACCACAUGCAGAUGGCGGCGCUGAUUGGCAACCUCGAGAUCACCGUCCACGACGUGAGCCACUCCUUUGAGCGCUGA